AUCCUCUACAAGCAGCUGCACUUGUCCCAACAUGCAGCUCACACACCCUCAAGGUGCUGGAGGGGGGGUCUCGGGGGGGAGUUAGGAGUUUAAACAGCUUCAUCAAAGGCAACUGCAGGCUAGCCGAGCUGCAGGUCAGAACUUCCUUUCCUGUGCCUAUUUUCAGACUGAUUUUAUUGUUUGUGUACCCAAAAAGGGAGAGGAUGGGAGCCGUGAAAAUUAAAGAACAGACAAGUAUAGUACAGGCAGAGAGCAUGUAUUAUAAAUGCCACACAAUCGCACACCUUUCAGUUUUAGAAGGUUGCUCCAAAACAUCACCCUGCCGCUUCCCCACCCCCUUCCUGUAGCAGGACUGCUGGCGUUAUCUCCCCGGCGAUGCUGAGUAAGCCGCAAAGCAUUCCGCUGUGUGUGCUUCAGACAAGUUCCCACUCGCUGAUAACGCGCGGGAGAGGGAGAGGCAGAGGCACGCGCACUGCUGCAGACCGCCGAGGAGUACAAAGAAAAGCAGUUUGUGUGUGUGUGAGGAGGGGGCACUGGGCCGAGGAGACGCAAAACAGCUACCAUAGAAAAAAAAUGGGUCCCGUUUAUCUUCGCGUUUAUUCAUACAACUGGGUGUCCUUCUAUGUUGGUGCCACUCGUAGCAAAUACUAGGAAGACCGGCGCGAGAAAUCGUUACUUUGUUUUGUCUCUGAAUUCUUACACGCGUGCAAACCGCAGCGCACUUUGGUAACUUCGACGGUAUCGUUCCGCGCAUUCCACAGGCUCGGAGUACAGCAAAGUAGUGCCUAUUCGAACAUUGCGCAUGAAACACUUCGAAACUGUGCUGCUACAUUAAUACAACUGCAGCCACGAGAGACAAAUAAUAGUCCUUAGGGUAUUAGAGUUUCAGUUAGAAAUACUCCAUAACCAAGGAUCUGGCUAAAUUAGCCCCGCGGCGUUGAAUUAAACACUGCAUCCAUAACAUGAUGACACGCACUCGCAAUCUAAUUACGCUGUACUGCUGCCCCGCGGCGCAAUAAAUCAGCGUCUGCAGUUCUUAGCGCUUAGAACAGACAGUUAAACACAGUUAAACGGUUAAACACAUACACGUCCCUGGCAACUUGAUGACAUCCGUUAAAACUGCAGUCGAAUACAAAUGCGACAAAUAAAAUAAGAUACCAACUAAACUUAUGUUGUGUGCUAACUUUAGACAAUACGUUAUAAGUACAGUAGGCUAGGUUAUAUAGGCCUAUGAAAAAACUUGUUACGUCAGUUCAGCCAUACAGUAAUAAUGUCACUUGCUGCUCCGAAUUAGAACUUGUCACUUGUUAACGCAUUAAAAAUAAUACUGGCAUCUAAUAUUUUCGAACGUGUGGGAAGUAGACCAGAGACUCUGUGUGUGACAAUAACAGUGCGAUCAGUCCGCCAUGCCUUGACGAAAGGUGUGCCGGUCCAGAAAAAAAGUGAGAGAAAGAAAGAGACGGGAGUCCGGGACAAGAGCGGGGAGCCGCAACUCUGUUCAUUUUAAUGUAAGCCCAACUAAUUCUUGAUUAACUUGAUUACGUUUUUAUCUAGUGCGCCGUGUUUGGGUAUAAGAGAUGGCGUAACGUGUUCGCACAUAUCUUAUUCAACUUAGUUUUUUUAAACUUGGUGUGUAUUUUGGGGAAAUAUAACAUUCUUUGAGACUGAAGGGGGGAGAGCGACGUCUUGUUCUCUUUGCUCUGAACUUUUCCCGUGGAAAAAAUACUACAUUUUCAUAUGUAAAAUGAAAGAACUGUAAAGGUAGCGUAAUCUGUAGACGAGAUAGUGGAUUUAUUUUCCUUUCCUAUGCGUGCGGUGCAACGUAACCUGCGGCGACUCGCGCAUCCAAGAACGGAAGAGAAAACCGGUCAUUUACAAGACUUUCUGUAUGCUGCGAACUUUCUGAGCACGUCGAGUGGAAACAUUAACGGACACUGUAUUCGGCAUAGCUAGGACAGUUACUUUAUUACUUUAUUAACACUAACGAGAUGAAAACAACGGGACUUAUCUCCAUUUUUUAAUUCUGGGAAACAAAGGGCAGACAGACUGAGUGCUGUUAACUGCUACACGGGAAAACUGUUGCCUACUGUAUGGACCUCUGGCCGGGGAUGGGUUGUACUACACAGAGCAGGAACUCAAACGUAGAACUUUAGCAGAGCUUUAAAAUUGCACAAAAAAGGAUCUCGGCUCUUGACGUGAAUAGACGGGGUAACAAAGCAGAAGGGCACUUUUAAGCAGCCUGCGGCAGUUUUACUGGAAGGAUAGGGGAGCGUCCAUUUAUCAACAACAGAAGCCAAUCUGCAGUAACGCAACGAUGACUUGAUAACCGGACCCACACCUUUGCUUGAAAUAACCCCUCACAAUGACGUCGCUGUUUUCUUGAUUAUUAUUGUCCAGUAUUUAUUGCGCACUGACCAGAAUUCGAUUUAGAUCCGUAAAUUUAAGUUUGAUGCUUUCGGCCAUCGUCACUGCCGUUUCCAUGAGUACCGGCCUGCUUGACCUCGGUGACUGCCCGUCUGAUGCUUUGUGUGUUUUGAGCUCCAGAGGCUAGUGAACUGACGGACGCACGCUCUCGCGUAUUAGAGGUGGUUUAUUAGCCGGGCUGGAGGAUGGACCGUCUCAGCAGUAAGCUUCUGGAGAAGCUGAAGCUGACGGACUCUGGCAGCGUGAAGUUCAGCUCCAAGAAGAAAGGCGAGCCGGCCAAUGCAAACAACAACAAUAGCUGCAGCAGCGGCGGGGGGGCGGGGACGGGCCACACCGCGCGACCCCCCCCAGGCCCCAGCGAGGUGUCGGGGUGUGUGUGCCGAGCGCCACCCGUCUCUCCCGCCCCUCUGCCCUCAGACACGGGUCCGAGCGCGGAGCCCCACCCCGCCGUCGCGGAGCCCCCCCUGAGACGCGGCUACCCCGCGCGGCAGGCAGACGGCGGCUCUCCGGCGGCCCCGCUGGGCGUCGGCCUCGUGGCCAGCCAUCGCCGCUAUUCGCUGGAGCUCCAGCACCUGGCCCAUCGGCGGCAGCUGCUCUCGCAGCCAGCCCCGCCCCUGUGUGUGCCCCCCGGUGGCGGCCCGCUGCGCUGCGGCGGCGAGCCCGGCUUCCCGCCCGAGCUGGAGCGCCACAAGCGCUUCUCCCUGCAGGAGGCGCUGGUCUACAAGCGGCACAGCACAGGGGGCGAGCCCUGGGACCGGCCCGCCCCCCUCUCGCUCCCGCCCGCCCGGCCCCCGGCAGGCCCCGCCCUCAGCCCGCGGUCCUCGCUCAGCCUGCAGGAGGCGCUGUUGGCCAGCCCACGCUCCUCGCUCAGCCUGCAGGAGGCGCUGUUGGCCAGCCCGCGGUCCAGCUUCGCCAGCUCGGCCAGCGGGGGGAGCCCCAUGGGCAGCCGCUGCAGCAGCAACCGCACCAGCGGCAUCAGCCUGGGCUUCGACUCCCGCCACGCCCAGCUGCCCGCCCCGCCCCCUGCAGCCGGCGCGGGCCACGCCCAGGCAGGGGGGGGGCGGGCGGGAGUGGGGGCGGGGGCCCCCUCUGCGGAGAUGUGGAGGGAGUAUUUGGACGGGGCUGGGGGGGCAGGGCAGGACAGCCGGCACUCAUACCCGCCGGCCCUGGGGAGCCCUGCCGCCGCCAGCCUCCUGGGGCCCUCCUGGGGGGGUCGGCUCCUGCAGGGGGGGCCCGGGGACCGUGCGCGGUACUCAGACCUGCCGGGGCCCCGCUAUCAGGAGGAGCUGACCCAGCUGCUGCGCUGGGAGGCCGCGCUUCGGGGCGAGGACCCGGGGGACCCCACAGGCCUGCUGGGCACUCUAGAGGGGCUGGCCCUCAAAGACCCGCCCACCAGGCCCCUCCCCAGCCCCGCCCCACCACAGCCCAAACCCCCAGCGGAGCAGGGAGCAGCCAGAGACUCCGACAGCCGGCAGGAGUACUUUGGUACCUGUGUGAAGUGCGGGAAAGGCGUCUACGGGACGGAGAGUGCCUGCCAGGCGUUAGACAGCCUGUAUCACACACACUGCUUCACCUGCGUGUCCUGCGGCCGCACCCUCAGAAACAAGGACUUCUACAACGUGAGUGGCUCAGUUUACUGCAAAGAGGACUACAUGUUCUCAGGAUUUCAGGCGGCAGCGGAGAAGUGCAGUGUGUGCGGCCACCUGAUCCUGGAGAAGAUCCUGCAGGCGCUGGGGAACUCCUACCAUCCAGGCUGUUUCCGUUGUGUGGUUUGCGCAAAAACAUUAGAUGGAGUUCCCUUCACAGUGGACUACCUCAACAAUGUCUACUGCGUCUCUGACUACAACAGGACCUUUGCUCCAAAGUGCGCUGCUUGUCUACAGCCAAUUCUACCUACAGAGGGCAGUGAGGAGAUUCUCAGGGUGGUGUCCAUGAACAAAGACUACCACUUUGAGUGCUACCACUGUGAGGGGUGUGGCAAACAGCUCUCAGAUCAGCCGGGAUCACAGUGUUUCCCUCUGGACUCUCACUUGCUGUGUCACUCCUGUCACAUGACUCGGGUGUGCACCACUCUCAAUCUUCUCCCUCCUAACUCUCAGUGACACACACACACAUACACGCACUCGCACACACACGUGCGCAUACGCAUGCACACUCGCACACACACACACUCUCACACUCACACGCGCACAAGCGUGCACACACACUCUUGCACACACUCUUUCUCACACACACACAAACACACACACAUCAUUUAUAGUUAACCCACUUACUUGGACACUAACAAGGCCAACUCAGUGAGAGCUCAACACUGGUAACCCAACUCAGUGACUCCGCCUAGUCAUUAAGCACAAAUGCUACGAGCUGCAAAUCUGCGUUUAAACCAUGGUCUCUUACUGUGUUAGGCUGUGCCAUAGUCACUGUGCUGGUCUUACUGUGUUAAGCUGCGCCAGUCGUUGUGCUGGUCUUACUCUUACUGUGUUAGGCUGCGCCACAGUCACUGUGCUGGUCUCACUCUUACUGUGUUAGGCUGUGCCACAGUCACUGUGCUGGUCUUACUCUUACUGUGUUAGGCUGCGCCACAGUCACUGUGCUGGUCUCACUCUUACUGUGUUAGGCUGUGCCACAGUCACUGUGCUGGUCUUACUCUUACUGUGUUAGGCUGUGCCACAGUCACUGUGCUGGUCUUGCUCUUACUGUGUUAGGAUGUGCCACAGUCACUGUGCUGGUCUUACUGUGUUAGGCUGUGCCACAGUCACUGUGCUGGUCUUACUCUUACUGUGUUAGGCUGUGCCACAGUCACUGUGCUGGUCUUACUGUGUUAGGCUGUGGUGUGUACAGGACUCCAGACUACUGUCUCACAGCCUGUGUUUCUACUGCAACUUUUAUCUGAAGGAGAGAUCCUGAUAGAGUUUGUAUAUUUAAUAUCACUAGCAGCUGUUUUGCACUUAAAGAUGAAUGUGUUCCUUAAGAGAUUUGUCUUGUAAAAAGAUCCCAUGGAGAUAAACAGUCUUGAUAUUCGUGUUUUAAUUAAAAUAUUUAAGUUCUGCAA